AUGGCAAGAGAAUGGAACCAACCUAGUUGUCCAUCAACCUACAAGUGGCUCCAGGAGACGGUGAAAAGGAAGCUGGAAGGGGCCCGAUCACCACUUAAUGGGGAGCAGCAGAAUGGGGCUUGCGAUGGGAGCUUCUCUCCAACAAGCAAGCGCAUCCGAAAGGAUCUUCCCACAGGCAUGGAAGCCAUCAACAAUUUGCCCAACAACAUGCCACUGCCUUCCGCUUCACCCUGUCACCAACUUGACCUCAAGCCUUCUUUGCCCUUGCAGAACAGCGCUGCUCACACUCCUGGGCUUCUGGAAGAUCUGGGUAAGAAUGGCAGGCUCCCUGAGAUUAAACUCCCUGUCAAUGGCUGCGGGGAUCUGGAGGAUAGCUUUGCUAUCUUGCAGAGCAAGGACCUCAAACAGGAGCCUCUUGAUGACCCUGCCUGUAUAGACACAUCAGAAACGUCACUUUCUAAUCAGAACAAGCUGUUCUCUGACAUUAACCUGAAUGACCAAGAGUGGCAGGAGCUAAUAGACGAACUGGCCAACACAGUUCCAGAAGACGACAUCCAGGACCUGUUCAAUGAAGACUUUGAAGAGAAGAAGGAUCCGGAAUUCUCACAGACAACCAUGGAGACCCCACUCUCCCACGAGAGUGCGAGCGUGAAGAGCGAUGCCUCUCAUUCUCCUUUUGCACACGUCUCUAUGGGAUCACCCCAGGCCAGACCUUCAUCUUCUGGUCCUCCCUUUGCUACUGUAUCCACAGCCACUAGUUUACCAUCCGUGGCCAAUACUCCCGUGGCUCCAAACCCUGCCAGCUCACCAGCUAACUGUGCUGUCCAGUCCCCCCAAACUCCAACGCAAGCCCAUACUCCAGGUCAAGCCCCAGCUCGGCCUGGCAAUGGCUAUCUCCUUAAUCCAAUCUCGGUGACGGUAUCUGGUUCAGGGUCAGGCUCAGUGGCAGUGCCCAGCUCUGACAUGUCCCCAGCAGAGCAGCUCAAACAGAUGGCUGCCCAGCAACAACAGAGGGCGAAACUCAUGCAGCAGAAACAGCAGCAGCAGCAGCAGCAGCAGCAGCAGCAGCAGCAGCAGCAGCCCCACUCAAAUCAGACUUCAAGUUGGUCUCCCUUAGGACCUCCGUCAAGUCCUUAUGGAGCAGCUUUUACUGCAGAAAAACCAAAUAGCCCAAUGAUGUACCCCCAAGCCUUUAACAACCAAAACACUAUAGUGCCUGCAAUGGCCAAUAGCCUGCAGAAGACGACCAUGAACAACUACCUCCCUUCAAAUCACAUGAAUAUGAUCAGUCAGCAGCCAAAUAACUUGGGUACAAACUCCUUAAACAAACAGCACAAUAUGCUCACUUAUGGCAACACUAAGCCUCUGACCCAUUUUAAUGCGGACUUGAGUCCGAGAAUGACACCCCCUAUGGCCAACCCUAACAAAAACCCCUUGAUGCCCUACAUUCAGCAGCAGCCUCCGCAGCCCCAGCCGCAGCCCCAGCCCCAGCCUCCCCAGCAGCAGCAGCCUCCACCACAGCUGCAAGCUCCCAGAGCGCACCUGAGUGAGGACCAGAAACGCAUGCUUCUCAUUAAGCAGAAAGGAGUGAUGAAUCCGCCCAUGGCCUAUGCUGCGCUUCCAGCCCACAGCCAGGAGCAGCAUGCAGUCGGUCUUCCCAGGACCACCGGCCCCAUGCAGAACUCUGUGCCCCCAGGGUCAAGCAGCAUGGUCUCAGGAGCCAGUCCUGGGGGUCUUGGCUUCCUCGGUGGGCAGCCACAGGCAGCCAUCAUGAAGCAGAUGCUAAUGGAUCAACGAGCCCAGCUAAUGGAGCAUCAGAAGCAACAGUUCCUUCGGGAGCAGAGGCAGCAGCAGCAGCAACAGCAGCAGAUCCUGGCUGAGCAGCAGUUACAGCAGUCUCAUCUGCCCCGCCAGCACCUCCAGCAACAGCGGACUCCAUACCCAGUACAGCAGGUCAAUCAGUUCCAAGGUUCACCCCAGGACAUAGCAGCUGUGAGAAACCAGGCAGCCCUCCAGAGCAUGCGAACGUCAAGGUUGAUGGCACAGAAUGCAGGCAUGAUGGGAAUGGGACCCUCUCAGAACCCGGGGACAAUGGCCACAGCAGCCGCCCAGUCAGAGAUAGGACUGUCGCCUUACAGUGCCCCUCCAACCAGCCAACCUGGAAUGUACAACAUGAGCACAGGAAUGACCCAAAUGCUGCAGCACCCGAACCAAAGUGGCAUGAGCAUCCCACACAACCAAGCCCAGGGACCCAGGCAGCCUGCCUCUGGCCAAGGGGUGGGCAUGGUGAGUGGCUUUGGACAGAGCAUGCUGGUGAACUCGGCUCUUUCCCAGCAGCACCAGCAGUUGAAAGGACCCGUGGGCCAGGCCUUGCCGAGGCCCCAAGGCCCACCAAGGCUUCAGAGCGUCAUGGGAACCGUCCAGCAAGGAGCACAAAGCUGGCAACAGAGAGGCUUGCAAGGAGUUCCAGGGAGGACUAGUGGAGAGCUGGGACCAUUCAACAAUGGUGCCAGCUAUCCACUUCAAGCUGGUCAGCCAAGACUGACAAAACAACACUUCCCACAGGGACUGAGCCAGUCAGUCAUGGAUGCUAACACUGGCACAGUGAGAACCCUCAAUCCAGCAGCUAUGGGCCGUCAGAUGAUGCCACCACUCGCAGGGCAGCAAGGUACCAGCCAGGUCAGGCCUUUGGUCAUGUCUGGUCUGAGCCAGGGUGUCCCUGGCAUGGCAGCAUUCAGCCAGCCCCCAGCACAGCAGCAAAUAGCAGGUGGCAGCUUUGCUGCAAGCAACCAGGGCCAGGCCUAUGAGCGGAACCCUGCUCAGGACAUGUCAUACAAUUAUAGCGGUGAGAGUACUGGGGCUUCAUUCCCUGGCCUCCCAGACAGUACAGACCUCGUGGACUCCAUCAUCAAAAGUGGCCCGGGGGAUGAGUGGAUGCAAGAGCUUGAUGAACUAUUUGGUAACCCCUAGUCAGGAGGGGGCCAAGAUCUGUAGUGGUGGCAGCCUCACAGGAAAGAAAGAAACAGGAUGGCUCCCCAUCCUUGUUUUUUGUUUUUUUGACCCACGUAAACUGAGAAAACGACAGCUGGCUGACAGUAGAAGGUACAGGUGUCAACCCCCAGCUCCGUGGGGCUUCAUUCCACCUGCCUUCCACAGAGCAAUCAAGUACAGAGGCCACACAGACACCUGCUUGGAGAGAAGCGAUAUGGAGAGCAGGUGGGUAAGUCGAGGCAGCAAGAGUUCCUCUGCUAAGCACCCCUGGGAUCUACUGGCCCAGAAGGAGUUGUUCCAGCCCAGAGGGACUAUGGCCCAAGAUGAGGUCCCCUUAGACCGUCCUGCCUCAGGUCCCGAGACCUCAGAGAUGGAACCUCAGCCAGAGAAAGCCCAGCAGAGGAUGCUGGGAGACACACAGGCCAUGUGCAUAGGUCACAAAUGCUCUGGAUGCUGGAUGGAAGGAGAUGUAUACUUCCAGACAUGUUCCUGGAUUUGGAGGUAGGCACGAAGAACAGUGAGCUUGCCUGAGCUGGCCCUAGGGAGACAAGCAAGGAUCCUGCAGGUUCACCUGUCUCCUGCCCAGCGAUGGUCCUCAGGAAUGGUAAGGUGUUGCUGCCAGCCCCCUUACCAGGAUAGCUAACAAUGCUUGAGAAGGGCCCAUCCAAUAGCCCUGAAGGUCAGCUUCUGCCAGUGGCCAUGGUGGCCAUUACUCUAGGUUGCACUGAGCUUCCCAGAGUCCUCAUCCAUUUGACACAUAUAGCUGGUUUUCGUCUGUUUAUGGCCAUAGCAUGGAAAGACCCCUGCUGAAUUCAGUGUCUGCCAGCCCAGCCCCUUCCUCCCUCACCACUGCCUCUAGUCCUCCUGGCCUGUAUGCCAGCCUUGCCUUUGCUUCUCCCUACACACUACCCAGGAGGUGAAGCACUGGGGCAAAGUCAAAGUCAGUGCAAGAGGAAUUUAGACACUGUCUGGCAUACAAAGGUCUCCACUGGAGCCAAGUGGGCUACACUGAUAAAAGCUGCAGGCUUUAUAAGAGUUACACCCAUACUUCUGCUAUCCCCAGGGAAGAAUGGUCUGAAGAUCCCAGCUCUUCAGAUGGGGCCAACAAUGACACUCCAGAAUCAGUCUUGCUUAUUUAUCAAUCCCAUCAUCAGAAAGGCAAAUAUCAAAUGCUGGAGAUGGAAAUGCUGAAAAUUCAUGACUCGAUCUUACCAAUUUGGAUGUUAAAGAGAGGGAGAUAUGUUCCUUGUCCUGAAAGCAGUCUACUUCAAAAGCUACACCGCAGUUCUCUUGGUAACUCACACAAAGUUGCCUGAAGUGUAAACGAAGAAGGAAUUAACAGUCUCCAUGGCCACAAGCCUUGUCUCUUGCUCUUUACCUCACCUCCCACAAUCCCAUCUUGGAGGUCAGGUGACUUUUAUCCAUGGUGUUUAUUGUCCUCCUAACCACCCAAAUGCACAAGCACACACGAACACACACGAACACACCCUACAAACUGGUUCAUUCUAUGUCUUCACAUACUUCUUACUCCAGAAACCCAAGCCUGUGGGAACUGCACCGGCCAUACCCAAGAAAGUCCACAGAAGGGAAAGUCCCGAAGCAGGGCACUCUGGAGCUAGCUGUUCUCCAUCUUUCCAGAGUUCCAGACCUGCUCUGACAGGAAGUAAAGCUGGAGGCACCAGGGUGAGGAGCUGUGCGCCUCUCCAAAGAGGUGGUGGCAGGGUGACUAUGAACUCCCAGAAUGGGGAGUUACUGCCACUAGGAAAACUGAGUGGAAACACGUGAAAACCAAAAAAUAAAAAAAAUAGUAAAGUGAGAAAACAGAAUACAAAUUUAUCACCUUUUCCUGCCAGGUUACAGGAAAAAAAAAAGUAUAUAAGCAAUGAGGAGGAACUGGAGGUGGAGAGAGUGGGCUCCAUUGUCCUUUAAAAGCCUCCUGAAAGUGCUCAGUCUAAGGACCAACUAAUAGAUGGUAGAUUUUAAUGAGGUCAUUUUGUUUUGUUUUUACUACGGUGCUGAUGUAUAUGUAAUGUCUAAAAAAAAGUUAUUUGUACAUAAGUUUUUACAAUGCUACAGAUAUCACUGGGUCUACUAUAUGUAAAAAGUAUACAUAUAAAUAUAUUAUAUAUAUAUAAUGUUUGUUUAAAAUAGAGUAUUUUUAUUUCCUCCCCAACUCAUCGUUGAAGAGGUGACAUACACUUCAGAUGACAUCUAAGUACUGGUUUAUACUGUAUGACCUGUGGCAACUUCCUCCAUUUAAUUCAGAGGUUUCUAGCUUUCUGUUUUUACUUUGUGCAGCAAGCAUUGCUCAUUUCCAUUAAGUAAUGUACAGAACUCUGAAAUGUAAGAGCGAAGCAAUGUUGACACACCACUUUUAAAGAAAAAACAAACAAUGGAAAUAACAUGUCACUCUCUGAAUCAAUCCAUGGCAUAGUUCACUUUAGGGUGCCCUUUCUGCUCCAGCAUUAGUUAAGCAGAUGUAUCAUUCCCGGGUUCUCAUGGACUAACUGCAGAUUCCUUUCUCGGAAUUAUUUAACAGUAGAAAUCAAUCACUCUCAAGCCUUCUUAAUUCAACCACACAGCAGAGACUUUCUGAGUUUACUAGAGCAUCCUAGUAAAGGGACGGGAGUGAAAGGGACGGGAGAUCUAACACGAAGAAGUCUAUUCAUAGAUCCAGGACCAGAACAAUUCAAAACUAGCUCAGUCAGAGCAUUCAGAAAAUAAUGGGGCCAGCAAGAUGGCUCAUCAGAUAAAGGCACUUGCCACCAAGCCUGAUGACUUGGGUUCAAUCCCUGGAACCCACAGAGUCGUAGGAGAGGAGCAACUCCCACAAGUUGUCCUUUGACCUGUAUAUGAGCUCCAUGGUUCAUGUGCACAUACACACAUACAAAUUAAUGUAUAAAAAUAUAAUGAAGAGAAAAUGGAUAGUAAAACUUGGAUGGAAAAAAUUUGGAAUGUAUUGGGGAGACACAAUUCAGUAGUCUUGCCCACUGUAAUGGGCAGUUUUGACACCUUCUCUUCCCUGUGCCCCUUGUUUCUGCUAGCCCACGAUACAUCUGUCAAAACAGGGUCUCUCCCAGCUUUUCCUGUAACUGCCCUGAGCUGAAAAUGCUUCAAGUUUAUACUCCUCUAACUCUAGCCAAUAACUCGCUGCUGCAGGAUAAUAAAAGGCCAGUAACUUGUCUGGACAAACUCUGAGGAUGAAUGGUGCCCCAGCUUGCUGCAGGAUCAGGCAGAGACUGGGGCCUGGCUUCCACUUGCCCCCUUGCUUGAUUUCUUCCUGUCCUCCGCCUGUUGCUCCACUCCUUUUUUUUUUCCUCCACCUUCUUCAAUCCCCUCAUUAAUAUAUCACAUACAUGAGAAUCCAUUUCUCCUCUUUGAGAAGACCUGCCCUUAAGAUAACCCCAUUAAUCUUAAAACACAGUAAAAUGUUUCAAAACUCUUGAGUUUAUCAGAAAAUAGACCACAAAGAAACAUCAUCAGUAGAAACAGUUCCAAAACAGGCGAGUUUUAAAUACAUAAGCCAAGAGAAAGAAUGAAUUUCACUGUGGAAGAAGAGGCUAGCCCUACCCACAGUGGGCUGUGCUUCCAGAUUGGCUGACAGUGCUAUGGAGAAAGUAGCCUCCACUGGGCUGGCCCCUGUUGUAUGAGCGCAGACUUUAGCAGAUAACGGGAUGGUAAAGGGGAAUUGUUUUGGUUGGAAGGAGAAUGAGAGAGAGAGUUGACAACAGGGUAAAAACAUGAAGCUCGAGAAGAACGAUGGCUCCUCACUUUCAAAUUUAUACUAAAAUCUGUUGGGCGCUGGAUGAGUGGAAUACCUUUCUUCUUAAAAAAAUAAAUAAAUCUAUAAUUUUAUUAAGAUAAAA